GAACCUAGCCUGCUGUGGAGGUGGGAUGGGUCGGGUCUCUGCUUUAGAGAUAGGAGGUUCCGGGUUAACGCUGGCGUGGCGAACGGAAGGUUGUAGCCGCCGGCAUCGCGGUGUUCUCUCCCUUUACUGGAGCUCUACAAAUGUUAAGUCUACGUGAAAGAUCCUGUAGGAAGAAAAAAAAAACAUUCCCUGCCCUCGAGGAACUUCUGUUUCCACUGAUGGUUAAGAUUAUCACUUAGGCACAGUUUUGAGCACAAUGAUGCAAGUUAAACUCCUCCAAGACCUGGCCAAAUCUCCCUGCAUUUUAGCAAAAAUAUGCCAGUGCCAAAGUCUCCCUAGAGUUCUUCGUCCAACACUAAAACCACUAAAGGAAUUUGAAAAGACAGCGUGCAGGACCGUGACAAUAAGUAGAAACUUGGAUUUAUGCUGUUCUGAAAUAGCAGCUGGUGAUUUGAAAUGUUCAUUCCCUGGACACAUCAACUGGAAAGUGUCAGCUGCACACAUAGUAUCUCAGUUGAAGACUGUGUUCUGCAGAGUUGAAAAAAGGAAUGUUCCAUCCCUGAAAUCUUUUGGUACUUCCUGGAAAAUGAAUCACAAAUUAAGUCUAUUGUAUACUAAGUGGCCUAUUAAAACAGUAAAGAGGCAUUAUUCAUCUAUACCAACUGGAAAACUAGAAGUUCAACAAAUCAAGAGACCACUGAAAGCAUCUAGGACCAAACAGCCAUCCAGAGCUAACCUUCCACUUUCGCCUGUGAAUGAGGACCUGAUGCAUUGCACAGCCUUUGCAACAGCAGAUGAAUAUCAUCUUGGUAAUCUGUCCCAUGAAUUGGGAUCUCAUGGAUACAUAGAAAUAACCAACUUGCCUAGAGAUGCAGCAAAUAUUUUGGUGAUUGGUGUACAAAAUUCUGAAAAAGAAUAUGAUCCUGGAACAAUCUUUUUCUUCAGGGAAGGAGCUGUUGUAUUUUGGAAUGUGGAGAAUAAAACUAUGAAACAUGUGAUGCAAAUUUUGGAAAAACAUGAAGUUCAGCCUUAUGAAAUGGCACUGGUUCACUGGGAGAAUGAAGAACUUAACUACAUGAAAGCAGAGGGCCAGUCAAAGCUUCAUGGGGGGGAAAUCAGGUUAAAUUCAGAAUUGGACCUAGAUGAAAUCAUAUUGGAGAAAUUUGCCUUUUCAAAUGCCCUUUGCCUUUCAGUGAAACUGGCUAUUUGGGAAGCAUCACUGGAUGAUUUUGUUGAGUCUAUUCAGUCCAUUCCAGAGGCUUUAAAAGCUGGGAAAAAAGUGAAACUUUCUCAUGAAGAGGUUAUGCAGAAAAUGGGAGAACUAUUCUCAUUAAGACACCGUAUAAAUUUGAGUUCAGACUUCCUGAUGACCCCUGAUUUCUACUGGGAUAGAGAAAACUUAGAGGCACUUUAUGAUAAAACUUGUCAAUUCCUUAGCAUUACUCGCAGAGUUAAGGUGAUGAAUGAGAAACUUCAACACUGCAUGGAACUAACAGACCUGAUGAGAAAUCACCUCAACGAAAAGCGGGCACUCCGCCUAGAAUGGAUGAUUGUUAUACUUAUCACUAUAGAGGUAAUGUUUGAACUUGGCAGACUAUUAUUCUAAUUAUGUGAAAAAGAUGCGGAUAACUGAAAAAUUGACGUAUAAAAUAUACUGAAAAGUAUCAGUGACAGAUGUGUAAAUAACAGGAAGCAAAUAUUCCUUUUUGCGUGAACUUUUAUAGUGUUACUAAUCUUUGUAUAUAUUUUUCUGGUCAAAAAAAAAAUAAUUAUGACUGCUAUACUCAAGUUGCAUGCCUCUCCCUCUACUCAGUUAAAUUUUUUUAAAAUAGUAACUAAGAAAUUCAGGUAUUGGUAUUCCUACAUGCAAGAUACAAUAAAGAAAUUUUCAUUUUGUCUUA